UGCCCCCUGUGCCAUGGGCCCCCGUCCCCCCCGCCUGCUGCUGGCCUCCAACUCCUGCUUACACGGCCAGGGCUACCUGGACCACUGCCAACCCCAGCUUGGCUCCUUCUUCGGACGAGAAGUGAAGAGGAUUCUAUUUGUUCCUUAUGCCUUGCAUGACCGAGAUGCCUAUGCCAAGACCGUCAGAGAAAAGUUUGAAGCAUUAGGAUAUGGACUAGACAGUAUUCAUGAGUCUUCUGAUCCUAUUGAAGCUGUGAGAAAAUGUGAAGCAAUAUUUAUAGGUGGCGGUAACACUUUCCGACUUCUGAAAACUCUCUACGACAAUAAUUUGAUCCCAGAGAUUAGGAAGAGAGUCUUGCAGGCUGGCGUUCCCUAUAUGGGGUCUAGUGCUGGAACAAACGUAGCAACCGUCAGCAUCAACACAACCAACGAUAUGCCCAUUGUGUUCCCUCCUUCAUUAGAAGCUCUUGGAUUUGUCCCUUUUAACAUCAAUCCCCACUACCUGGAUCCAAUCCCUGGCAGCACGCACAUGGGUGAGACACGUGAGGAUCGUAUUCGUCAAUUCCACGAGGAAGCCAACACCCCUCCUGUUUUGGGUUUACGUGAAGGAUCCCUGUUGCUGGUGGAAGGAGACAAAGCGACUCUUCUUGGAAGCACCAAAGCUCGGCUCUUUGUGAGGGGCAAAGCACCAACGGAGCAUGAGCCUGGGACAGAUUUCAGUUUCUUGCUGAACAAGAUCUAGAAACCAGAGUCACAGCUGAAAAAAAAAAAGCCACCACAAAGAUGACUGUAGGGGAACAUGAAAAUAAUCAACUUGAUUUAUUUUUAUAAGUUUAAUCACAAAUGGAUGUAAGGAUGGGAGUGGGGGAAUCCCUCCAUCGAGAUAUAGAAGAACAAUGUUAGAGAUUUGUUCUGAUCUUUGGGGAAAUCCAGUCUCCCAGGCAUAUGCAUUACAAUAAAUCCUUGGUUAUGGUUAAGUGCUGGCUGUGAUCUAGAGGUUUUGCGCCCUGAUUUUUAUUUUUUUCAGAGCCCGACACAAGAAGUAGCAGAGAGACACUACAGAGGCUUGCUUUACACUUUCUUGGUAUGACAGUGUUUAUUUUGUGACUUUAGAGUGCCGCUAUAAAGUUAC